UUUAGACAACGACAACAUGGCCUUGAACGUGAGAAGUCGUGUUCUUAAAUUUUUUCAACUCAAUGGGCUAAUUUUGAGGAGUGAAGCUAGUAAAUACCUUACUGAAUUCUUAAAAGAUUUUGAAGAAAAAGAUAUUUUGAAAUGUUUAGAAAAAAUUAUUACUAUAAUUCAGAGACAGCCAUUGGAUGCAGAGUUUGUUACAAAAGAAUUAGUUGAGUUAGCCAUAAAAGAAUGUUCAGAUAUUGAUGAAGAUGGACAAAAAGAUUAUUUUAGUGUUAUUGAUGCAUUUUCUUUUCCUGCCUUCAUAUAUGAUUCUGAAAAAAAGAAAUUUUUUCCACGAUCAACAUCAAAUGGACCUAAACUCUAUGGGGAUGCUGAUUCAAAGAGUAGUAUUUUUAUAGAAAGAUAUAAAUUGAUACAUCAAAGAACAAUAAGUCAUCAGUUGUUUAUGGCACCAGUGUUUGAAAAUAAUGGUUCUUCCCAUUCACAGUCAUUUUCUUUAAAAUCUGUAGAAUAUUUAUUAGGCACUACUGCUAAACAGGGAAAUUUAUUGGUUUUGGGCAUGUUGACUCAGUUGAAAGAGGUAAGUCAUUUUCUCGAAGAUUUUUCAGUACACAUUGACAUUAAUAAAUAUAUUUAUAAAGGUGGACUUUUCACUGAAAACUGCUUUGUUCUUGCUGAAGGAUAUUGUGAAGAUAGCAUUUUUCAUGUUUCAGCAUUAGGGUUUCCACCUCCUGAAACUUCGCAGACUACUCUGAAAAGAUUUGAAUGUCUAAAUUUAUGUGGAAAUAUUUCUGCAAAUAAGUUUAUAAAGUUAAAAGCUUUAGAAAAAAAUCAUCAAGAUGCAAUGUUUGUAUUCUUAUCUGAUGUAUGGUUGGAUAAAAUACAGGUAAUGCAGAAACUUAGAGUUUUAUUUGCUGGUUAUUCUGAAAUGCCACCAACAUGUUUUGUAUUCAUGGGUAAUUUCCUGUCAACCCAUGCAGGAUAUUCCCAUUUUCAAACUACUAAAGAUGGUUUUAAAAAGCUGGCAUCUCUUAUCAGUGAAUUUCCAAGACUAGUUGAAAAUUCCUAUUUUGUAUUUAUCCCUGGUCCAAAUGAUCCAGUUUUGUCUCAUAUUCUUCCAAGGCCUGCCAUACCUAAUACAUUUCUUGAUGAUUUUCUAAAGAAAGUACCAAAAGCUGUAUUUACAACAAAUCCUUGUAGAAUACGAUUUUACACUCAGAAUAUCCUUAUAUUCCGAGAAGAUCUAAUUGCUAAAAUGUGUCGAAAUAGUGUUUAUUUUCCAUGGGAACAUGAAAAUGACAUUGAUAUACCUACAUUAUUUGCAAAAACUUUAGUAGCAAAUGCUCAUCUUAGUCCUUUACCUUUGGUAGUUCAGCCUAUUUAUUGGGAAUGGGAUUUUGCUCUUUGUUUGUAUCCGCUUCCUGAUGUAAUUGUAUGUGGUGACAAAUAUGAUCCCUACUGUGUAACAAAUACUGAUUGCAUAUUCUUUAAUCCUGGUUCUUUCCCAAGAUCCAAUUUUUCUUUCAAAGUAUACUUGCCAGGAAGCAAACAAGUUGAAGAUAGCCAAAUAACAGAGACUGAUUAAUGCAUUUUAAUAUUUGUAUAUACAAAUGUCUUUUAUUUAUAUAAAUGCUAUAAAUCU